AUGAAGAGAGAGAGAGAGAAGAAGAGUAUUGCUCAGGAGCUGGCAGAGGAGAAGGGGAUUAAGGCCUUGUUCAGGUCUCGAAUGUGCUCCAUGAUUCAGGACAUUGAGGAGGCAGCCCUGCUCUCUGAACAUGUCAAUCUGCUUGCUGCUGAGGUGGAACCUGAGGCAGCAGACCAGGAAAUGCAGGAUUUUGAGGUGCAGAUUGACCUGGCUGAGGGGGAGCAGUGA